AUGCAACUCUCAUUCGACCCACUCCAGAUCCUCAACAGCGCCAUGUCUUCAGCAGCCCAGAUACCCGUAACGGCAUCCUCACCAGCCGCACAGACCUUGCCGAUCGAUACCGCGGACGGCGCGCCGACACCCUCGGGUCCGUCAUCUCCACCUCCUGUCCUCACUUUCCCAGUCUCAGCUCCAGCCUGGGCCAAGGAGAACACUUCGCUCACACUCUCCGACUCGUCCGAGGCGAAAAUGACCCGCUGGGCUCAAGGGUGCCAGGCGAUCUUUGCGGGGUUUGUCGUAUCGGCCCACCUUCAGCAUCUCAGCCCUACGAUCGCCAAUUUUGGCGGGACGGCGCAGAUGGAGAUGAUCCGCUCGACGCUGGAAUGUAUCCAGGACGAGAUGGACAACAGGAGGGAUGAGGGGAAAGGAAAUGGUACUGGUGACGGUGCAGUAGCUGCGGUCUCGGCGUCAGCGCCGCAGUCUGAUUUCGCGGGUAGGUCAGAGUCAGCUGGUGUUGGCGCGGUCGAGACUGCCCAGGAGGGCACGAGGGCUUUGGAGACGCUUCACGCGGUAUUGAGCAGGCCAGACAAUAGAUACACUCGAGCCAUCAGUCCGCCGAUCCCGGGUGCGAUCCGGCCUACACAGCUGCAGCUGCGCGUUCAAGCAGAGGAGGCAAGAUCAGUGCCGGCUCCGGAGCCCGAAGAGCGCGCCCAAGCCCAAGUCCAAGUCCACGCACAGGCACCGACAUGGCCAGAGCAGGGUGAGGGCGGUGACGGUGCGCGUGUCAAAGUCAGCGAGAUGGAGGAGGGGGCGGGGAUCCGGAUCUUGGAGCAGGAAUGGAAAUUGACGGGGAAAGGGCCCGGGGCCGGGGCUAAAGUGUUUGAUGUGAGGCAGGACGGACGGAUCGCACCUCCUCAUCAGGGGGCGGCGAAGUGGUGGAAUAUGUAG